UAUUCUGCCACCCGACACACUAUGACGUUGGGACCUAGGCUGAAACAGGCAGUCUGAGUCCAGUCGUUGUCAUCGCAACAUCAAACGUUCUUUACCUGUUCUGUGCGCAACCUCAUAGCCAAGAUGUGUGGCGGGUGGGCCUGUGCCUCGUACAAUCUGGCAUGCAACAAUCCUCCUCUGUCCACUCUGCGCUUCACCGGCAGAGACUUUGUGCCCACACCUUGCGGACCCUGCGACAAGUGUUGGGUGCGGGACACCACUCGCCAGAACUCCAACAACUGCUAUGUGCCACACAACAUAGCGCCACCCUGCCCACCGGAGCACGGAGGACCGGCCGGGAUUUCUAAAGUAUCCGAAUGCAACUGAGGGACUCAAGACAAAAUAGAUUUACAUAUUCAUAGCUUAAUUAUGAGCAAAUAAAAUUCAGAGUACAAUUU